CACACGGCUGCAUCUGGAGUUUUACGUAAAACACCACAACCGAUUGCGUCUCUGUAACAAAUUUGAUCCCAUUUCUUAACAGUUUUUUUCGUAGGCCUACGUGUUCUAACAUCAAACAUAAUCUUUUUUCGAGAUUCUCAAUGCUUCCCAAUUCACCCGGUGCAAGUCCAAACUUGGGCCUACAUAUUCGGGUGCUUUCCUUCUAUUUGUCACGGGCAGGCAAAGUGAACCCACCCGGAAGCUAGCAGCGCCCCGCACCCAGAACCGAGGGAGCUGGGAGCAGCAGCGCCAUGGAGGCCGCAGCCGCGAAGCCCGUCCUCCGCGUGGCCGCCAUCUGCGGUUCCCUCCGCAAGGCCUCCUACAACGGCGGCCUCCUCCGCGCCGCGGCGGAGGUGUGCGAGGAGUCCAUCCCGGGGAUGCGCGUGGAGCACGUCGACAUCUCCGCCCUGCCGCUGAUCAACACGGACCUCGAGACCGACGGCGGCGCCGGAUUCCCGCCCGCCGUCGAGGCAUUCCGCGACAGCGUCCGCCAGGCCGACUGCUUCCUCUUCGGCUCGCCCGAGUUCAACUACUCCAUCGCAACCCCGCUGAAGAAUGCACUUGAUUGGGCUUCUAGAGGAAAGAAUUGCUGGGCAGACAAACCCGCCGCGAUCGUCAGCGCAGGAGGUGGCUUCGGCGGCGGCAGAUCGCAGUACCAUCUCCGUCAGAUUGGUGUAUUCUUAGAUCUUCAUUUCAUCAACAAGCCAGAACUAUGCGUCCAGGCGUUUCAGCAGCCACCGAAGUUUGACAGCGACGGGAACCUGAUCGACCCCGAAAUCAGAGAGCGGAUCAAGAAGGUGCUCUUGUCCCUUCAGGCCUUCACGCUCAGGCUCCAGAAGGAUUGAAGCAACACAGGGACUGUUAAUCUGCAUUUCCCUUCAGUAUGUUGUACUUCGGGUAUUAUAUAUACCAUGCUAUUUCUUGGCAUUUUACUUCACAUUAAAGAAAUGUAUUGUGUGAGCAGACUGAAACUUGUGUAAUAAACCCUUGGAGGCUUGCUCUCCUGGCUGUUUGUUGAAAGUUUAACGAUUUGGUCAAGCAGUUUGGUUUGGGGGACCUGUAUUAUACUGUACUCAGAUGGAUAAUUUAUUCGACACGCAAUUUAUGUCCCUUCUUUUA